AAAGGAGGUGGGAUUUCCUCUUCUCUUUCCCAGCAUCAUCUGCUCCUCCUAGGGAUGUAUCAGCGUGCAGUGCACCUGUUCUAUGCAUUAUUUGCUACAUUAGACCGCCGAAAUGCUAUAUUGUAAUCAGUUCUAUUGAUAGUCACACGAAACGGUUCAAAGGACCUUUUCUUUGGGUUGAAGAAGACCUCGGUUUGAUUUGAGCUUGAGGAUGUGUUGAUUUUUGUGUGUCGGGGUGCAGCAGUGAGACAGCAUCUUUCCCGGGUGACACAACAUUAUCAGUUCGAGUGGACAAGCCCCAUAGGACACCAUGUCAGACAAAAGCGACCUAAAAGCGGAGCUGGAGCGCAAGAAGCAGCGCCUCGCCCAAAUCAGGGAGGAAAAAAAGAGGAAGGAGGAGGAGAGGAAGAAGAAAGAGGUAAGGAAGAAAUCAGAGAGCCAGCAGAAGAGAGAGAUGACCCCAGAGGAUUCAGACUUAGACCGUAAGCGAAGGGAGACCGAGGCUCUGCUACAGAGUAUUGGCAUCUCACCAGAACCUUCACUAGUGCCAACCCCUGUGUCCCCCUCCAAAUCAACGAGCACACCCAGUGAGACCGGGAGCCAGGAUUCAGCUGAUGGAGGAGCAGCGAGCAGCAGGUUUAGGUAAGGAUGAGUGUCACUAAUGGUGAGGCUGUGGUACCUUGUAAGGUUAUAUGUCAUAACUGUCAGUUGUCAUGCCAUACUGUUUUACUGUGUUUUGAUGACCACUGUGCAAACUCUAAUAACUAGUCCUGAGAAGCAAAGUAUGAGGUGAGCUCAGCUUUAGUCGAAUCCUGCAAAAAGUUUGAUCAACUUUACAAAAGCAGCCUUAAAAAGACAGUUGAUGAACUUAAACAUUAAGCCAACUGAGCAUAAACUUGUAAGGGCAAUCAGCUGAUUUGAGCACCAGUGACAAAAAGUAAGCUUGUCCUCUCCUGUCACUGUUCUGUAAUUGUAUUACCAACUCAUGUCUCAUGCAUGCUCCUCCCAUCUACAACACUUUUAGUUCUGCAUAUGGCUGCUAUGGUGAAUUAAAGCCACAGUAAAGAGGAGAGUGGUCAUCAAUCGCUUUCCAUUUGCUUUUUAAUAGCUGACUGUAGAGGUGGAGUGUGAGUGACGCCCUCAGGGGUCAUUAGUGAUGUGUUGAUCUGGUAUGGCCUGGGGUGGAAUUGGGGAUGAGGAUUGCUUGAGUGAAGUCAGCAGCAGAUUUUAUAUUCGCUCCUUUAUAACUCUUAAAAAUCAGUCUUUACUAAUUGGUGAGUUUUGUUGCGUACCUGGAAUGAAAAUUGUAUGUCCCUCUCAAAUCCACCCCAGAUCAUAGCAUGCCAUUUUGAGCUUCUCCAUCUGUGGCUGUGUAUGUGUGUCCCUUCUUAGGUCAGGUUUCUCUAAAAACAAGUCCCAAGUACAGACCUCAAGGUAAGCAUUUUCCUGUCAAACCCAGGACCCCCCUUAACCCCCACCCUUCUUUAGCUGAAUUUACUCAGGGAGGCACCCACAGUGUUGACAGUCAUCUUAGCAAUGUGUUGCAAUCACGAUUUACAAGAUCAAAACAGCGCAGUGCCCCUCUGUCUUUCUUUCUUCCUUUCCUCUGCUCACUUCCUGCGUGAUGCCCCACUGUCUCCCUUUAACACCACCUCCAAAGAUUUCUGCUCGCAUGAGUUGAGCCACAGAAGUCAUUUCAGCCUUCACAGAGUUGACAAUCUGCUGCUUAAAGUGUCAUCGCUGUUACUGUAAAACAGCCGGUCUGUCAGGCUAAAGAAACACCUUGCCACUCUCACCUGGCGCUGUGUGGCACAAGCUGAAGCUCUAAUGGGCGUGCUCAGUGGCCCUAAAAGGUAUCAUCAAAAAGUGUAGUGGUACUUUCACAGCAGGUAGAUUUCAACCAAGUUGCCUUAAAAACUAGUUUUCAGUCACUGAUUUAUUCUGCUGUGAGCUUUUACCCCUUUGAUGUAAGCCCAGGAAACACACUAAAGCACCAAAUUAGCUCAGAAACGUCAUCAUGGUUUGUCAAACUCAUUAAUCAUGCAUGGCAAGCCCAUUGUCAUGUACUGUUUAUUCAGCAAACUAAACCUUUAUCAAGCUAUUUUGUAUUAAUUUUCCUAACGUGAUUAUGUACUGUAUUUAGAUGAUGUAUGUUGUGGCUGUGGAUGUGAAAAGAAGUCAUAUGUUUUCAUGUAUCAUUGGCUGCAUGUUUGCAUAUGAAACAUCAAAACAAAGGAUGUUGCAUAACUACAAUCAAGGAUGCAUGAGUAUGUAGGUGCCAAUCUAAAUGAUAUAUGUGGUUAACAUUUGGUGCUGUAAAUGAUUAAAACAUCAGAAGAAAGAUUUCUGCACAAGUCAAAGGUCAAAUCGUUUUCCCACAUCAUUUUGACCCGGCUACCCACAACAAUGGAACAUUUCUUGUCCAUAAAUGUAAAGGUAUUUUUGAACUUGUAGAUUCCUGGCUAAAGACCAAGAAAUCUAUUACAAGAGAUGAGCAGAGAUCUUUAAAUAAAUCAUGUGCAUUGAAGUAUAAUGAAAUAUAAUGUCUCCCUAAUGUAUAGCCCUCCCACGCUAUAUCCACUUAUCUAAACAUUUUUCCAUUAACAGCGCCCCGCACGAAAUUCGAUGGGAAUUUCCGCGUUAAGCUGUUCUCGAGAUAAGUGGGGUUGUGGGUUAGGGAGUGUGUGCAUACAUGCUUUAAUGUGUGUUUGUGCGCCAUUGAUACAUGUGUGCAAGUGUUUGUUAUGAUGUGUCUGCUUGUAAACUUGCAUGUCCUCUCUUGCCCCCCCUGUUGGCGACAUCAGGACACUGCAGUGGGACACAGACCCCUCUGUGCUGCAGCUGCAAGCUGAUUCUGAGCUCGGGCGCAGGAUGCAGAGGCUGGGGGCCUCAAAGAUCACACAGGUAGAUUUUCUUCCCAAAGAGGUGGUCUCUUACUGCAAGGAGACGCAGACACCGCUCACCGCCCACCUGUCUGAAGUAGAGGAAGAAGAGGAAGAUGAGGAGAUGAUGGAGGCAAAACCAGGCCCUGAGUUGGAGCAACAGGAUGAAGAUGACAACAGGGAAACAAAAGAAGGCUUGUUUCCUGUGCUGCGGGAGCUGACAGAGGAGGAAAGGCAGCAGAUCCUACACUCCUCUGAGUUUCAGAGCUUUUUUGACUGCAGCAUCAGGGUGAUGGAGAGAGCUCUGGCUGAAGACAGCAACAUCUUCUUUGACUAUGGCGGUAGAGACCUGGAGGACAAAGAGGGAGACUCUGGUAGCGGCUCCAGCCUCUCCUUCAGCAGACUCUUCUAUGAUGAACACUGGUCGAAACAUCGUGUGAUCACUUGCCUGGACUGGUCUCCUCAGUAUCCUGAGUUGUUGGUUGCUUCCUAUAACAACAAUGAAGAUGCUCCACAUGAACCAGAUGGUGUUGCCCUAGUAUGGAACAUGAAAUUUAAGAAGUCUACACCAGAGUACAUCUUUCACUGUCAGUCUCCUGUAGUGUCUGUGGGCUUCGCCAAGUUUCAUCCCAACCUGGUGGUGGGGGGCACUUACUCUGGACAGAUCGUCUUGUGGGACAACCGCAGUCACCGCAGAACCCCCGUCCAGAGGACUCCUCUAUCUGCUGCUGCACACACUCAUCCAGUGUACUGUGUUAACGUGGUGGGCACCCAGAACGCCAACAACCUGAUCACUGUGUCUACAGAUGGCAGGAUGUGCUCUUGGAGUCUGGACAUGCUGUCACAGCCACAGGAGACCAUGGAGCUGGUGUACAAUAAAUCUAAACCAGUGGCGGUGACAGGCAUGGCUUUCCCCACAGGAGACGUUAACAACUAUGUGGUGGGCAGUGAGGAGGGCACUGUGUACACUGCAUCCAGACAUGGCAGUAAGGCUGGUAUCUGUGAGAUGUUCGAGGGCCACCAGGGACCGGUGACCGGCAUCAGCUGCCAUGGCGCCGUGGGCACCGUUGACUUUUCCCACCUCUUCAUCACCUCCUCCUUCGACUGGACCGUCAAACUCUGGAGCACCAAGCACAACAAGCCUCUGUACUCAUUCGAGGACAACGCAGACUAUGUGUAUGACGUCAUGUGGUCGCCUGUGCACCCUGCGAUCUUUGCUGCCGUGGAUGGCAUGGGCCGCUUAGACCUGUGGAACCUCAACAACGACACAGAGGUACCAACUGCCAGCGUGACCAUCGAGGGAGCUUCAGCCCUCAACAGAGUCCGUUGGUCAUCUGGAGGGAAGGAGGUGGCUGUGGGUGACUCAGAAGGCCGAGUCUGGAUCUAUGACACUGGAGAGCUGUCACUGGCUCACACAGAUGACUGGGGGCGCUUUGCUCGCACCUUGAUGGAGAUCCGUGCCAACCGUGCGGAUGGCGAGGAGGAGGGGCCUAUGGAGCUGGCUUCAUAGAGCAGGAAUCCAAACCAAAGCAGAGCGAUUCAGACGCCUGGUGUGCUUUUAUCGGUGUCACUGUAGCAUGAGUCCAUCACUCACUUCAGUUUGGUUUCCUCACUUUUAUGUGCAGUUCAUGUCAGGUCCAAACAAAGCCAAGCUUUCAUUGUAUUUCUGCAUUGACUGUCUGUUAAUGGAUAAACUGUUUAUCUUCACUAAGUUGUCAAAUGUUAUUUGUUUAUAUGUUGACGUAAAAUCACGUCUUGCUUGCAUUCUGUGAGCCUGCAGUAUUUACAGUGGCAGUCUUAUAGCCUUAUAAAGUCCUGUGUACUGUAACAAUGCUUUGCACUACUGUGAAAAUUAAGCAGGGUCCAUAGACUAGUCAUGUAUUGUUUACAAACUGUUAUGUUCACUUUAUGUUGUGCUUCCUUUCUCUGUACUAUGAUGCCUGCAUGCAACACAUUCCUGAAACACUACAGAUGCAUAAACAUGAGAGUUGGUUGUGAUGGUGAAGUUUUCUUGUGUGUCGGUGUGUGAGGGUGUCAGAAACUUUGCAUUUUGUUGUUUUGAAAUGGAGCAGCCAUUGUUUAUUAUUAAUGAAAUGUAACGACUAUCAAGAGGUAUGUUGUAUGCGGAGUGCUCACUGUCAAACCUGCUGUGUUUACUAUUAAAGCAGAGCUCAUCAA